CAGGCAGUACCCGGCUAUUGUUAUGACAACCAUGCCCCUGCCAGCGCGGUACUCAGCAGCUGUAUAAAUCUGGAGCGGGCCUGUUGGGAAGGUUCUGAUAAACAUCGGACUAAAAACGCGGUGCGUGGUCCAAACAUGGAGCCAACGGGGAAGAUCAUCUUUUACCAGGACCACAACUUCCAGGGUGACUAUUUUGAGUGCAGCAGCGACUGUCCCGAGUUGAACACUCACCUGAGGCGCUGCAGCUCAGUCCGGGUCAAGAGCGGGGCCUGGGUUCUGUUUGAGAGACCGGACUACCUGGGCUACCAGUACGUCCUGACCAAAGGGGAGUACCCGGACUUCCACCAGUGGAUGGGCUUCACCGAGAGCGUCCGCUCCUGUCACGUGGUCCCAAACGUUUCCGGCGCCUUCAGGAUCCGCGUCUUCGAGCAUCCCGAUUUUACCGGUAAGACGCUGGAGUGCACACAAGAUGUCGCCCAGCUGUCCGACGUUUGGCACCAGGGGGCGGUGCACUCAGCUCAAGUGCAGGAUGGCGCCUGGGUCUUCUACGACCUUCCAAACUACCGCGGACACCAGUACCUGCUGGAGAGGGGGCAGUACCGUCGUCACACGGAGUGGGCCGCCAUGGACCCCACCGUGGGGUCCCUACGGCGAGUCCUUGCCGUUUAGACCACUUUGUGCUGGAAUAGUUUUUUGACGCCAUUUUCCUUUGGGCAAUAAAGAGGAGAUGCAGGAAA